AAGCAUUGACCCAACUGCGCAUAAAAUAAAUAAACUGUAUAUCGCAUUUCUAUAUAUUCGACUAUAUAUACUUGGAUUCUUUCGCUUGGCAAUAUGCCAUCAGAUCCAUUCAACAAACAAACGAAGAAACAUCAUAAACAUUUGCAUUUUGGCGCGUGUUUCUAUUGCUGGUUCCGCGAGUAAAUGGAAAAUAUUGAGUGUUUCUCAAGAGCAUUUUCGAGUGUGUAUUGAAAAAUACGAGAGACAAACGGAGAGAUAGGAAGAGCAGAGCAGAGUCUCAGCAGAGCCUCAGUCUGGUCAAGGAACAGCCACGGCACAGACAUCGCUCGUAAAUCCAAAAUUAGUUUUUCGAACGCACAAAAAUUUACAGAAAUUAUUUAAAAAUCCAUUUAGACGAUUAGUCCAGGUCGCCAACUUGUAAAUCGUUUCGAGUGCUGGGCGGCAUGUUUAAAGUGUCGCAGGAGAUUCGCUUGAAUACGAGCGCCGCGGGCGCCCUGGGGCAGGGCCAGGUGCAGGGGCUGGGCGAUGCCAGCGAUGGCAACAGCCCGGAGAGCGUUUGUAUUUUUGGGCGAUACCAGCGCACGCCCGAUGCGGGUGAGUGUUGCCUAUGCGGAAGUAAACAUCUGAUGCGUCUAUUUAUAAAUACGCGGCAGAUGCGUAUCCCACAGAACCGCCGCGGGCGUCUCGAGAGUCCCAGUGGGCAGCAUGGAGCGCCACUGCAGCUGACCCAAUUGGACCCGGAACGCUUUCAGGUGCAAUGUCAGCUGCCGCAGGCGGGUCUCUAUAAGGUGCACAUCAAAUGCAAUUCCGUGCCGCUGCCCAAAUCGCCCUACAUUAUAGUCACCAUAGCUGGCGUGCCUCCAACUGAGGAUGGCACUGAUCCUGCCACAUGCAGUCCGUCAACAGUGCCCGUUUUCGAGUCGGACGCCAGCAAGGUGCAUAGUCGUGGCCUGGGCCUAACCCAUGUCAAUCUUCUCGAGCGGAACGAGUUCACUGUGGACGGCAGCGCUGCCGGCAGUAAUAUGCUCUUUGUGGGCAUACUGGGAGCCCAAGGACCUUGCGAUGAGGUGCUGGUUAAGCACUUGGGUCGCCAUGUUUACCGUGUCAUAUACCAGGUUCGAGAGCCUGGCGAGUACAUUCUGGUGGCCAAGUGGGGUGAGCAACACAUUCCAGGAUCACCUUUUAGCCUCACCGCCGACUAGCUGUGGCUCAACAGAAAUUCUAUUUGGAGCCCAGAAUAUUCCCCAUGGAAUCUUAAGUAGAAGAUAUACUUUUUCCUAAUCAAAUGAUAAACAAUAAAAAUGAAACUAUUA